AUGUAUGAGGAUACCUGUGUAUCCAUGCAGGCCCAGGGCAUAGUCAGAUCAACAUUUAAGAAGCUGAUUCAAAGUCAUACCACUUUUGAAACAGGUUUUCAGUAUCAGCAAGAUGAAUUUCAUCCUUUCAUUGAAGCACUUCUGCCCCACGUCCGAGCCUUCGCCUACACAUGGUUCAACCUGCAGGCCCGAAAACGAAAAUACUUCAAAAAACAUGAAAAGCGUAUGUCAAAAGAAGAAGAGAGAGCCGUGAAGGAUGAGUUGCUAAGCGAAAAACCAGAGGUCAAGCAGAAGUGGGCAUCUCGACUUCUGGCCAAGUUAAGGAAAGAUAUCCGACCUGAGUACCGAGAGGAUUUUGUUCUUACAGUUACGGGGAAAAAGCCUCCAUGUUGUGUUCUUUCCAACCCAGACCAGAAAGGCAAGAUGCGAAGAAUUGACUGCCUUCGCCAGGCAGAUAAAGUCUGGAGGUUGGACCUUGUUAUGGUGAUUUUAUUUAAAGGUAUUCCGCUCGAAAGUACUGAUGGCGAGCGCCUUGUAAAGUCCCCACAGUGCUCGAAUCCAGGGCUCUGUGUGCAGCCCCAUCACAUAGGGGUUUCUGUUAAGGAACUCGAUUUAUAUUUGGCAUACUUUGUGCAUGCAGCAGCAACCCUGCGAAGCAGUGCUAUCAUCAUCCCCAUUUUACAGAGAAGAAAACUGAGCCAAAGAGAGGAGGGAAGCGGUUUGAUAUAUGAGAAGCAUGGUCUUUGGAGUCAAGAAGAUCUGAGUGGGAGCUGUGCUUUGUGACCUUAGACAAGUUAGUUAGUCUUUCCAAGGUCUAGUUGGCUGUCUAUAAAAUAAUAGCAGUAGGGUUGGUAGGAGGAUUAAAUAAGACAUUGCAUGGAAGGUCUAUCGCACGUAAUAGGUGGCUUGCUAUUAUUGUAUUAACAGAGCUGCCCUGGUUUUUCUUCCCAUUGUUCAUUUUCAUAAAAUACAUAUUAAGUUUUAUGAUUGAAUAUGAUGUAAAAUUUUUAAUAAACAUGUCUAGAGUCGAAGAUUUAAGACUUUAAAAAGGGCUCCGAUAUGAUUGGUUUCUUGGUGAUUAGUAGUGGACAGUGGAAAGCUACUUAUUUUAUGAGAUGUU